GAAGUGGGCAACAGUCAGUGACAGGAGUUGAAGCUUCAGAUGAUGCUAACAGUUACUGGCGGAUUCGUGGGAAGAGUGAUGGCAGUUGCCAGCGUGGGACACCGGUGAAAUGUGGGCAAGCUAUACGACUUACCCAUGUUAACACAGGAAAAAAUUUACACACUCAUCACUUCCCAUCACCGCUCUCCAAUAAUCAAGAAGUAAGUGCCUUUGGUGAUGAUGGCGAAGGAGAUGACCUCGAUAUAUGGAUUGUGCAAUGCAGUGGGACUUACUGGGAGCGGGAGGAUGCAGUGCGCUUCAAGCACGUAGGAACAGAGGUGUUCCUUUCAAUAACAGGGGAACAGUAUGGCCAUCCCAUUAGAGGCCAACGGGAAGUUCAUGGCAUGCCUACUGCUAAUCAUCACAACUAUUGGAAAGCAAUGGAAGGAAUCUUCAUCAAACCCAGUAUGGACCCUGCAAAACACGAUGAGCUCUGAAUUGACAGAGGAUCCAAAAUGCUUCAGCUUACUCCAGUGUUCGGAGAUGCUAAUCCUUGGUCUCUUGUAAGCCACGCCUUGCCUAGGUGACUGACUUUCUGUAUUACUGAAGGGCAUUAGUUCAUUCUAGGAAUGCAGCACUUCUGUGGGGAAUGGCACCUGCAAACUGGUGAAAUCCUUUCUGAAUUUUCAAGCUUAAUUGAUGGAAGUAAUUCAUACAUCUGUUAGUUUUCGUUGUCACUUGUUUUGCUUUUUACUUUUUCUCGAGUUUGAAGGAAAUGGAAAAACUGAAUACGUUUCUGUAGUUCCAAGUACAAUAAAACAUUGUAUUUUAUAAUCUUUUUCCAAUUAUAAUUAAAUGUUUGGAA